UCGCUAGGUUCCACCACCAAUUUUGGACCUUAUCCACCACUACUUCACCGCCGAGAUGUCGCCGGCGGCGGGUGUCAACGUCCCCCUCCUGCCGGAAUCCACUGGAUCCUCUACUCAACCGGCGUCAGUCUCUGGCGCCGUCUUCAACGUGGCGACGACCAUCGUCGGAGCAGGAAUCAUGUCGAUCCCGGCGAUCCUAAAGGUCCUCGGCGUUAUACCUGCGUUCGCCAUGAUUGCAGUGAUCGCAGUUCUCGCUGAAGUGUCAGUUGAGUUUCUGUUGAGGUUCACGCACUCCGGCAAAACGACGACGUACGCCGGCGUCAUGAGAGAAGCGUUCGGAACCUUCGGAGCACUUGCCGUACAAGUUUGUGUCAUCGUCACAAACAUUGGAGCCUUGAUUCUAUACCUAAUUAUUAUUGGGGAUGUGCUAUCUGGAAAGGGAAAUGAAGGUGGAGAAGUGCACUUGGGCCUUCUGCAGCAGUGGUUUGGGAUUCAUUGGUGGAAUUCCAGGGAAUUUGCUUUGUUCAUAACCUUGGUCUUUGUUAUGCUUCCAUUGGUCUUGUACAAACGUGUAGAAUCCUUGAAGUACAGUUCAGCAGUGUCAACUUUUCUGGCAGUGGUGUUUGUUGCAAUAUGUUCUGGGAUGGCAGUUGUUGCAGUCUUGCAAGGAAAAACACAAACCCCAAGAUUGUUUCCUCGCUUAGAUUACCAAACAUCCUUCUUUGAUCUCUUCACGGCAGUUCCAGUUGUAGUUACGGCCUUCACAUUUCAUUUCAAUGUGCAUCCAAUUGGGUUUGAGCUUGCCAAGGCAUCCCACAUGACCAAAGCGGUUCGACUAGCCUUGAUGCUCUGUGCUGUCAUAUACUUUGCAAUCGGUCUAUUCGGGUACCUCUUAUUCGGAGACUCGACACAAUCGGACAUUCUGAUCAAUUUCGAUCAGAAUGCUGGUUCUGCAGUUGGUUCCUUGCUCAAUGGUGUGGUCCGCAUAAGCUAUGCAUUACACAUCAUGCUGGUGUUUCCUCUUUUGAACUUCUCCCUGAGAGCCAACAUAGAUGAACUCCUCUUCCCCAAGAAGCCUAUGCUUGCCAAUGACAACAAAAGAUUUGUGAUCCUUACUCUGGUGCUUCUAGUCGUCAGCUACCUUGCUGCCAUAGCUAUUCCGGAUAUUUGGUACUUCUUUCAGUUUCUGGGAUCCACAACUGCGUUGUGCCUUGCCUUUGUUUUCCCAGGAGCUAUUGUUUUAAGGGAUGCUUAUGAGGUAUCAACGAGAAGGGACAAAAUUAUAGCACUAGUUAUGAUUAUACUAGCUGUAGUAACAAGUGUGAUGGCCAUUUCCACCAAUGUAUAUAAUGCUUUGAGUAGCAAGUCAUGAAGUUGCUACCGUCUCCUUUUUUUCUCUCUAAUUCUUUUUCUC